AUGCCAGCAAUCAAGUCUGGUAAGGUCUUUGUCUCUGGCACGAACAGCCACAUCACUGUCUGGGUAGUCAGGACCCUCCUCGACUAUGGUUUGGCCGUCCACGGCACUGUCUAUGUGGAGAGCAGGGACACUCACCUCCGCACACUGUUCGCUGACGCAGGUGACAAGCUCGAGCUUGUCAUUGUUGAGGAGGUCACCAUUCCUGCCAUCAUACCCACCUCUCACUAUGCCUUGCCUGCUGCAGCACAGCUCAUGAUUGCGAACAUGCGCACAUGCCUUGCCCACCUUGCCAUGUCAUGCACGUCACCCCUGCGUCUUCUGUAUGAGCUCAUGCGCUCGGCUGGGACGUCACAUAGCCUGCCCGCAGAAGAGUCGCAGGUACAUAGUGUGUCAAAGCCGUCAGCAACAAGAAUCCUGUGUAGUGCAAACAAGAUGGCUCGACGUGGUAUAGAUGUUUGCCAUGAGAGGGGGUCACCAGUGUACCUUGUAAUACCCAGGGUCACUUCAAUACACGUGAGAGAGAAACGAAAUGCAUACCUAAUGGACAGAGAAGCACAUCUUAAGUUCAUUGUAAAACAGAGAUACCAUCAGACGGAACGUGGAAGGCUAAGACAAUCCUCAAUUGGUGAGCAAGGACACAAUUGA